CGGAAGAUGAGUGGUGUCACGAAUGAGAUGAUAGCGUCGUGCCGGGGUGAGAGUACCGGACGACGAGUAAGCCUAAAGAGCUAAAGUUCCGAUAACGUUGAGCGAGAAUGAAAUUACCGGGGAUCGGGGUAUGAAAUAGAAGUGAUCUAGCCGAUGGACCUGGACGCGGACGAUGAACGCGCCCCUUCGGCCUUGGGUGGGCCGACGAUGCCGACGCCACACCAGUCGUCACACCCAUUCUCCGAGGUUGUGUCAGAUGUCAGCGCAGAGGCUAUGGGAGUGCAGUCAUGGAGGAAGACUCUGUCGAGAUCGUUCUCGCCCUGCAUGAGGAGUGGGGACAGCACAGCCGUAGCGCGAUGCACAGGCUGCGGCGUCAAGAUGGAGGCGAUGGGAGAAGGACGUGGAAGAUUCGUGGGUGAUCUUCUGUGCCGUUCUGGGACGUGCUCGAAUCUGUGUUCUCAAGUUCUCUCUCUGAAGAAGGCGAUGACUAACGAUGUGUGCCACGACAGCUUACUCCCGAAUACGCUUACUAGGUACCCUCCACUCCUCCCUGUCCUCGUAAUCGCUCCCCAUUCCUCUUAUAUAAACCUUGUCGUCCCCCAUCUGCACAUCCUCUCAGCCCUCGUCUGAUCUGCUGCCCUCUGCCAAUGUCUGCAUCACCGCCCCUUAAUAUCUCUUAUCACUCCCCCUCCCGAUCGCCUUCAUCGGGGCUCUAUGUCCCCCUACACAAGCGCACCUCCAGCCGCACUUCCACCUCCUCAUCCCCCUCCUCCUCCACCUCCUCAUCCCAGCGCUCCACGUCCCCCACUCCACACCUCUCCGAUACAUUCUCGUACUCCGACUCGUGCCGUCCCAGCUCUCUCCCUAUAUAUACACCAGACCAGCUUAUCGCCAUCUCUUCUUCGCCCCUUGCCAAGCUCUCGCCAGAGGGGAGGAUGUCCCUGCGCGACGUCGCACCGCACAUCGUCAUGAGUCGCAAGCAGCGCAAGUCCCUCGAGUGGAAUGCGCGGGAGAAGGGCGCUCAGACGCCCAGCCUCGCGAUGCCGAGUGCGCGCAGCGGCGCAGAACCUCGCGAUGCUGGCAGAGACAAAUACAGGUCGAUGGAGAACUGGGGUAGGGGCGGUGUGUCUGCCGUCAAUACGAUCUGAUGACGCGCAUAGAUGCGGCAAGUCAUAACUUAUACGGACAUUCUCUUGGCUGGCACUCUUUAAGGAUGUGCAAUACGAUAUAUAGAAAAUACAUGUAUUAUUAUAGAAUAGAUACCAUCCAGAU